AUGGCGGAGGGGGAGCCGUCGAGGCGCUGGGAGGCGAAGAGGCGGGAUGCCAGGCGGGCGGAGGCCCGGCUCAGCCACGGACUGCGCAGCUUGGAGGAGGCCCAGCUCUCCUACCUGAACUCGCUCGUCAAGGAACAGAAGCGGCUCGAGGAGGAGCUCCAGAAGCUGCGGAGAACCCAGUCCAGGAAGGAGCGCUUCGUGGGCCCCGGGCAUCCUAGCGAGGGAAGGGCGCUCCCUUCGCUGCCACCGCAGGCCAGGCGAGACGCCAGCAGCUCCCAAGGCGCAGCACUGCGAUCGAGGAGGAGAGCCUUGUCCGGGGCAGAAGGACUGCCAAGGGCAGGCUGGUUGUCCUUGGAUCUCCAGGCACACAACAGUGACGUCUUGGGCUGUGCUGAGGGCAGAGAGGGGCUCUGGCCACCCUUGGAGGCUGAAGAUCAAAGCACUGCGGGCGACACAGGCAUGGCCAGCCUGAAGCACUCUGUUGCCAGGCAGCUGAGCAUUUCGGCAGAGCCGGUGCCGGAAACGGAAAGCGACUGCACAGAGGAGGGGGGGAGGGGGCCCCCAAGGGAAGAUCCUGAGGAUGCUCCAGCCAGCACUCCCCGCAUUGCCACCAGGUUUGUGAAUCUCCCAGAGAAGCAAAGUCCUUCCCAUGGUCACGAAAGGCCAAUUAUGGAUCCGGAGGCCUAUGCUGCAGAUGGACGCCUCCGGACCAUGUACAGCAGGCCCAAUUUCCUCAAGCUGUAUGCUGAAGUCAGGAAGGCCCGCUACCUCCGGCACAAGAGCGUUCCAGCCUGGGAAAAGGAGCUCAGCCUGCAGGAUAUUUUUGGGCACAAUACCACGAAGCUUUCCCCCGCGGAGCAUGCUGCACCAAAACCAAAGCCCUAA